AUGGCGGAAUGGUUGAUACAAGUGGCCGUGAUUGCCGAGCCAUACUUUGUCCCGCCCAGAGAUAACUGGGCAAGCGACAAGGAAGACACGGUAACCAUAAUUUCUCAAACUUCCGCUGGCUCCCCGCCCCUCGAAAACGUAGCGAGGGGUAAUGGAUGCGUUGCGGCAGCAUUGGGAGAGAUUGUUGUGGUGGGAGUGUAUUUCUCUCCUAAUAAACCUUUAUCAGAGUUUGAGAGGUUUCUAGUAGAGUUAGGGAACAUGAUUGGGCAAUGUCACCCUCACCCUGUACUCGUUCUCGGGGAUCUUAACGCCAAAUCCCUGGCGUGGGGGUCCUCAGUAACUGAUGCGCGUGACGAGGAACUUGAAGAAUGGGUGUUGGCCACAGG